AUGCACGGGAGUCUGUCCUACAAGGAUUAUAGUUACCACUACUGCACCAUCCCGCCAUCGCCCGGAUGUAUUGGCAACUGCCCUACCAAGAUAGUAAUAACUGUUACAGGCGGUUUCAUUACAGAGUCGACGUUGGGCCCUAACCCAGGCACUAGCAUUAUCCUUCCAUCCUCUGGAUGUACGGGAGUCUGUCCUACAAGGAUUGUCGUUACCACUACUGGUGGGUUCGUUACAGAGACUACUUUUGGGCCCGCCCCUGGCACAAGCACCAUUCCGCCGUCGCCCGGAUGUAUUGGCAACUGCCCUACCAAGAUAGUAAUAACUAUUACAGGCGGUUUCAUUACAGAGUCGACAUUGGGCCCUACCCCAGGCACCAGCACUAUCGUUCCAUCCUCUGGAUGCACGGGAGUCUGUCCUACAAGGAUUAUAGUUACCACUACUGGUGGGUUCGUUACAGAGACUACUUUUGGACCCGCCCCUGGCACAAGCACAAUUCCGCCGCCGCCCGGAUGUAUUGGCAACUGCCCUACCAAGAUAGUAAUAACUGUUACAGGCGGUUUCAUUACAGAGUCGACAUUGGGCCCUACCCCAGGUACCAGCACUAUCGUUCCAUCCUCGGGAUGCACGGGAGUCUGUCCUACAAAGAUUGUAGUUACUACUACUGGUAGUUUCGUUACAGAGACUACUUUUGGACCUACCCCUGGGACAAGCACCAUUCCGCCAUCGCCCGGAUGUAUUGGCAACUGCCCUACCAAGAUAGUAAUAACUGUUACAGGCGGUUUCAUUACAGAGUCGACAUUGGGCCCUACCCCAGGCACUAGCACUAUCCUUCCAUCCUCUGGAUGUACGGGAGUCUGUCCUACAAGGAUUGUAGUUACUACUACUGGUGGGUUCGUUACAGAGACUACUUUUGGGCCCGCCCCUGGCACAAGCACCAUUCCGCCGUCGCCCGGAUGUAUUGGCAACUGCCCUACCAAGAUAGUAAUAACUGUUACAGGCGGUUUCAUUACAGAGUCGACAUUGGGCCCUACCCCAGGCACUAGCACUAUCCUUCCAUCCUCUGGAUGUACGGGAGUCUGUCCUACAAGGAUUAUAGUUACCACUACUGGUGGGUUCGUUACAGAGACUACUUUUGGACCCGCCCCUGGCACAAGUACAAUUCCGCCGUCGCCCGGAUGUAUUGGCAACUGCCCUACCAAGAUAGUAAUAACUGUUACAGGCGGUUUCAUUACAGAGUCGACAUUGGGCCCUACCCCAGGUACCAGCACUAUCCUUCCAUCCUCGGGAUGCACGGGAGUCUGUCCUACAAAGAUUGUAGUUACUACUACUGGUGGUUUCGUUACAGAGACUACUUUUGGACCUACCCCUGGGACAAGCACCAUUCCGCCAUCGCCCGGAUGUAUUGGCAACUGCCCUACCAAGAUAGUAAUAACUGUUACUGGCGGUUUUAUUACAGAGUCGACAUUGGGCCCUACCCCAGGCACGAGCACUAUCCUUCCAUCCUCUGGAUGUACGGGAGUCUGUCCUACAAGGAUUGUAGUUACUACUACUGGUGGGUUCGUUACAGAGACUACUUUUGGGCCCGCCCCUGGUACAAGCACCAUUCCGCCGUCGCCCGGAUGUAUUGGCAACUGCCCUACCAAGAUAGUAAUAACUGUUACAGGCGGUUUCAUUACAGAGUCGACAUUGGGCCCUACCCCAGGUACCAGCACUAUCCUUCCAUCCUCUGGAUGUACGGGAGUCUGUCCUACAAGGAUUAUAGUUACCACUACUGGUGGGUUCGUUACAGAGACUACUUUUGGACCCGCCCCUGGCACAAGCACCAUUCCGCCGCCGCCCGGAUGUAUUGGCAACUGCCCUACCAAGAUAGUAAUAACUGUUACAGGCGGUUUCAUUACGGAGUCGACAUUGGGCCCUACCCCAGGUACCAGCACUAUCCUUCCAUCCUCUGGAUGCACGGGGGUCUGUCCUACAAAGAUUGUAGUUACUACUACUGGUGGGUUCGUUACAGAGACUACUUUUGGACCUACCCCUGGGACAAGCACCAUUCCGCCAUUGCCCGGAUGUAUUGGCAACUGCCCUACCAAGAUAGUAAUAACUGUUACAGGCGGUUUCAUUACAGAGUCGACAUUGGGCCCUACGCCAGGCACCAGUACUAUCCUUCCAUCCUCUGGAUGUACGGGAGUCUGUCCUACAAGGAUUGUAGUUACUACUACUGGUGGGUUCGUUACAGAGACUACUUUUGGGCCCGCCCCUGGCACAAGCACCAUUCCGCCGUCGCCCGGAUGUAUUGGCAACUGCCCUACCAAGAUAGUAAUAACUGUUACAGGCGGUUUCAUUACAGAGUCGACAUUGGGCCCUACCCCAGGCACUAGCACUAUCCUUCCAUCCUCUGGAUGUACGGGAGUCUGUCCUACAAGGAUUAUAGUUACCACUACUGGUGGGUUCGUUACAGAGACUACUUUUGGACCCGCCCCUGGCACAAGUACAAUUCCGCCGCCGCCCGGAUGUAUUGGCAACUGCCCUACCAAGAUAGUAAUAACUGUUACAGGCGGUUUCAUUACAGAGUCGACAUUGGGCCCUACCCCAGGUACCAGCACUAUCCUUCCAUCCUCGGGAUGCACGGGAGUCUGUCCUACAAAGAUUGUAGUUACUACUACUGGUGGUUUCGUUACAGAGACUACUUUUGGACCUACCCCUGGGACAAGCACCAUUCCGCCAUCGCCCGGAUGUAUUGGCAACUGCCCUACCAAGAUAGUAAUAACUGUUACUGGCGGUUUUAUUACAGAGUCGACAUUGGGCCCUACCCCAGGCACUAGCACUAUCCUUCCAUCCUCUGGAUGUACGGGAGUCUGUCCUACAAGGAUUGUAGUUACUACUACUGGUGGGUUCGUUACAGAGACUACUUUUGGGCCCGCCCCUGGUACAAGCACCAUUCCGCCGUCGCCCGGAUGUAUUGGCAACUGCCCUACCAAGAUAGUAAUAACUGUUACAGGCGGUUUCAUUACGGAGUCGACAUUGGGCCCUACCCCAGGUACCAGCACUAUCCUUCCAUCCUCUGGAUGCACGGGGGUCUGUCCUACAAAGAUUAUAGUUACUACUACUGGUGGGUUCGUUACAGAGACUACUUUUGGACCUACCCCUGGGACAAGCACCAUUCCGCCAUUGCCCGGAUGUAUUGGCAACUGCCCUACCAAGAUAGUAAUAACUGUUACAGGCGGUUUCAUUACAGAGUCGACAUUGGGCCCUACCCCAGGCACUAGCACUAUCCUUCCAUCCUCUGGAUGUACGGGAGUCUGUCCUAUAAGGAUUGUAGUUACUACUACUGGUGGGUUCGUUACAGAGACUACUUUUGGGCCCGCCCCUGGCACAAGCACCAUUCCGCCAUUGCCCGGAUGUAUUGGCAACUGCCCUACCAUAAUAGUAAUAACUGUUACAGGCGGUUUCAUUACAGAGUCGACAUUAGGCCCUACGCCAGGCACUAGCACUAUCCUUCCAUCCUCUGGAUGCACGGGAGUCUGUCCUACAAGGAUUAUAGUUACCACUACUGGUGGGUUCGUUACAGAAACUACUUUUGGACCUACCCCUGGCACAAGUACCAUUCCGCCAUCGCCCGGAUGUAUUGGCAACUGCCCUACCAAGAUAGUAAUAACUGUUACAGGCGGUUUCAUUACAGAGUCGACAUUGGGCCCUACGCUAGGCACUAGCACUAUCCUUCCAUCCUCUGGAUGCACGGGAGUCUGUCCUACAAGGAUUGUAGUUACCACUACUGGUAGGUUCGUUACAGAAACUACUUUUGGGCCUAACCCUGGCACAAGUACCAUUCCGCCGUCGCCCGGAUGUAUUGGCAACUGCCCUACCAUAAUAGUAAUAACUGUUACAGGCGGUUUCAUUACAGAGUCGACAUUGGGCCCAACGCUAGGCACUAACACUAUCCUUCCAUCCUCUGGAUGCACGGGAGUCUGUCCUACAAGGAUUAUAGUUACCACUACUGGUUUGUUCGUUACAGAGACUACUUUUGGGCCCGCCCCUGGCACAAGUACCAUUCCGCCGUCGCCCGGAUGUAUUGGCAACUGCCCUACCAAGAUAGUAAUAACUGUUACUGGCGGUUUUAUUACAGAGUCGACAUUGGGCCCAACCCCAGGCACUAGCACUAUCCUUCCAUCCUCUGGAUGUACGGGAGUCUGUCCUAUAAGGAUUGUAGUUACCACUACUGGUGGGUUCGUUACAGAAACUACUCUUGGACCCGCCCCUGGCACAAGCACCAUUCCGCCGUCGCCCGGAUGUAUUGGCAACUGCCCUACCAAGAUAGUUAUAACUGUUACAGGCGGUUUCAUUACAGAGUCGACAUUGGGCCCUACUCCAGGCACCAGCACUAUUCUUCCAUCUUCUGGAUGUACGGGAGUCUGUCCUACAAGGAUUGUAGUUACCACUACUGGUGGGUUCGUUACAGAAACUACUCUUGGACCCGCCCCUGGCACAAGCACCAUUCCGCCGUCGCCCGGAUGUAUUGGCAACUGCCCUACUACAAUAGUCGUUACUGUUACUGGCGGAUUUAUUACUGAGUCGACAUUGGGUCCUACGCCAGGCACUAGCACUAUCCCUCCAUCCUCCGGGUGCAUAGGAGUCUGUCCUACCAAGAUUAUAGUAACUACAAAAAGUAUUGUUUUUGAUACUUCAACUAGCUACGUAACAACGUCAGAGCCAUGGACUGGUACAUUUAUUACAACUUAUACUAUUUCUCCAACCAGCACGAUCCCCGGUACUAUUGUCAUUCAGACUCCAAUAGGCUAUGUAACGACGUCACAGCCAUGGACCGGAACUAUAACUAGUAUCACGACUGUGCCACCGAGUAGUACACGUCCUGGAAGCAUUAUAAUUCUAACUCCCGAAAGUUAUAUAUUCACAACGCAGCCGUGGACUGGUCUUGUAACUACUACUACUACUAUUCCUCCUAGUGAUACUCUGCCCGGUACUAUUAUCGUUCAGACUCCUCAAAGUUAUAUAGUAACAACGCAGACGUGGACUGGUCUUGGAACCACUACUACUACUGUUCCGCCUAGUGGUUCUCUUCCUGGCACUAUUAUUGUUCAGACACCUGAAAGCUACGUUGUAACAACGCAGCCGUGGACUGGUCUUGGAACUAGUACUACUACCGUUCCACCUAGUGGUACCUUUCCUGGUACUAUUAUUAUUCAGACCCCUCAGAGCUAUAUAGUGACAACGCAGCCGUGGACUGGUCUUGGAACUACUACUACUACUCUUCUGCCUAGUGGUACUCUUCCUGGUACUAUUAUUAUUCAGACCCCCCAGAGCUACGUAUUAACAACGCAGCCGUGGACUGGUCUUGGAACUACUACUACUACCGUUCCACCUAGUAGUACUCUUCCUGGUACUAUUAUUGUUCAGACUCCUCAAAGCUACAUUGUAACAACGCAGCCGUGGACUGGUCUUGUAUCUACUACUACUACCGUUCCGCCUAGUGGUACUCUUCGCGGUACUAUUAUUAUUCAGACUCCUUAUAGCUACGUUGUAACAACGCAGCCGUGGACUGGUCUUGGAACUACUACUACUACCGUUCCACCUAGUGGUACCUUUCCUGGUACUAUUAUUAUUCAGACUCCUCAAAGCUACGUUGUAACAACGCUGCCGUGGACUGGUCUUGGAACUACUACUACUACCGUUCCACCUAGUAGUACUCUUCCUGGUACUAUUAUUAUUCAGACCCCUCAGAGCUACGUUGUAUCAACGCAGCCGUGGACUGGUCUUGGAACUACUACUACCACCGUUCCGCCUAGUGGUACUCUUCCCGGAACUAUUAUUGUUCAGACUCCUCAAACCUACAUUGUAACAAUGCAGCCGUGGACUGGUCUUGGAACUAGUACUACUACCAUUCUGCCUAGUGGUACUGUUCCUGGUACUAUUAUUAUUCAGACUCCUCAAAGCUUCGUGGUAACUACACAGUUAUGGACUGGUCUUGGAAUCACUACUACUACUGUUUCUCCUAGUGGUACUGUCUCUGGAACUAUUAUUGUCCAGACACCGUCAUCAUGUGUUAUUGGGUAUACCUCUACUAGCAAAUUAUCUGCCUCUGGUGCGGCGGGCGGUGUGGCGACUUGGACCGUUCCUCCAUGCAUGUCUACUAUGGCGUUUGAAGUUUCUGGUGGAUGCGGCAGCUGUGCUAUAUUACGAGUCUCUUUGGGAUCUUAUAUUGUAGGCACGAUGGACGUUAUUCCGGGGCAGGAGAUUGUUGUUGUUGCUGGAGGUACUGCAAAUGCUACUAUGCGCGGAACAAGUCAGUAUGGUAAUGGAGGAUUCUGCAACCUUCCGGAGGGAUAUUCAAAUAUUACUGGAGGAGGUGGUGCAUCCGCUUUUUUUGUCGAUGGUGCAUUACAAAUAGUCGCAGGAGCAGGUGGUGGUUGCAGCUCUGGAUUUUCACGCAGUGCGGCUCCAUUUCAUGAUGGAGUAACCGGAGAUAGCCCUUAUAACAACAUGACCAACCUGCCUUCACCUCCUACGUGCCCACAGUGCUCUACCCAUGAAGGCCGAACGUCGCUAUCUGCCUUCUACUACACGGGUGUAAAGUUUGUAUUUGUCCAAGGAGGGUACCCAGGGUUUAAUGGCAUCCCAGGCGCCAGAGGUGAAACUCCAAUUAUUACUGGUGAUUUUGAUGUUCAUUGCGUUGGUGUUAAUGGCAACCCUGGAGAUGGGAAUAACGGUGGAAAUUCAGUAGUCAUACCCAGUCAGCCUGUUCCUCGUGGUUCCCCACCGUACACCUCAACACCUACAUUGUGUUCAGGAGCUGGAGGUGGAGGGUAUAGGGGUGGAGGCAGUGGAGGUGCGGUCUCAUGUGGAGGUGGUGGAGGGGGAAACUUUGUGUCCAGUAUGGUGACUAGCGCAACAACAGGUUGGGUCCCCAUCGUACGCCCUGGAAGUAUUGUAAUGAAGUUUUACUAG